CUCCUCGUAAGAUUAGUCAGCCGUGCCACGUCAGCAUUCCUGCCUCUGGCGUCUGGCCUACACUCCAGUCUCCGCUUCCUCGCCGGCAGCGUCGGCGGGCGCCCAUCCUCCCCUGCCGCGCUCGCAGAUCGACGCCGGCGUCGGCGCCGGCGGCGUGCCUCCAUGAGCACUAAGCACCCCCACGCGCACCCGCGGGACGCCGAUCCAGCCGCCUCGCCUCCCCCGGCGCCCCCGCCGCCGCCAAGCCGCCGCGCGCGCGGUGGCUUCGCCUCCUCCGCCCCGGCGCCUCCCGCUACGGCGCGGCGGCGCGGCGAGCGGGAGCGGGAGCGGGAGAAGGAGCGGACGAAGCUGCGGGAGCGACACCGGCGGUCCAUCACCAGCCACAUGCUGGCCGGGCUGCGGCAGCACGGCAACUUCCCGCUCCCCGCCCGCGCCGACAUGAACGAUGUCCUCGCCGCCCUCGCCCGCGCCGCCGGGUGGACCGUCCAACCCGACGGCACCACUUUCCGCUCCUCGCCCCAGCCCCUUCUUCCUCCCCCUGCCCAAUUCCAGGGUGCUUUCCAGGUUACUUCUGUGGAAACCCCAGCUUUGGCUAACGCUCUGAACAGCUAUGCCGUCGGGACGCCAUUAGAUUCUCAGACUUCUGCCCUACAAACAGAUGAUAGCCUGUCACCAUCGUCAUUGGACUCAGUCGUGGUGGCAGAGCAAAGCAUAAAGAAUGAGAACUAUGGGAAUUCAUGUUCGGCCAAUUCACUGAAUUGUAUGGGAAGUGAUCAGUUAAUGAGAGCAUCAGCAGUGUUGGCGGGUGAUUACACGAGAACUCCAUAUAUACCAGUCUAUGCCUCUCUGUCUAUGGGCAUUAUCAAUUGUUACUGCCAAUUAGUUGAUCCAGAGGCUUUACGUGCUGAACUAAGGCAUCUGAAGUCUUUGAAUGUUGACGGAGUUAUUGUUGACUGUUGGUGGGGGAUUGUGGAAGCGUGGACUCCUCAAAAGUACGAAUGGUCUGGUUACAGGGACCUUUUUGGUAUCAUUAAAGAGUUCAGGCUAAAAGUUCAGGUUGUAUUGUCAUUUCAUGGGUCUGGGGAGUGUGAAUCUGGUGAUGUGUUAAUCUCUCUCCCUAGGUGGGUCAUGGAAAUUGCACAAGAGAACCAGGAUAUAUUUUUCACUGACAGAGAAGGUAGGAGAAAUACAGAAUGCCUCUCCUGGGGAAUCGACAAAGAGCGUGUCCUUCGAGGGAGAACUGGCAUUGAGGUUUAUUUUGAUUUCAUGAGGAGCUUUCAUAUGGAAUUCAGAAGCUUGUCUGAAGAAGGUCUUGUUUCUGCUAUUGAGAUUGGAUUGGGUGCUUCUGGAGAGCUGAGAUACCCUUCAUGUACACAUAAAAUGGGCUGGAGAUAUCCUGGUAUUGGUGAGUUCCAGUGUUAUGACAGGUAUAUGCAAAAGAAUCUGCGUCAAUCAGCCUUGAAACGGGGACAUUUGUUUUGGGCUCGUGGCCCUGAUAAUGCUGGCUAUUAUAAUUCUAGAUCACAUGAGACUGGCUUUUUUUGUGAUGGAGGUGAUUAUGACAGCUACUACGGACGUUUCUUCCUUAAUUGGUAUUCUGGAAUCCUUGUUGAUCAUGUGGAUCAGGUGCUCUCACUUGCUACUCUUGCAUUCGAUGGAGCAGAAAUUGUAGUAAAGAUACCAUCGAUCUAUUGGUGGUACAGAACUGCAAGCCAUGCUGCAGAACUUACAGCAGGAUUCUACAACCCUACAAAUCGAGAUGGAUAUUCCCCUGUUUUCAGAAUUCUCAAGAAGCAUUCCGUAACUCUUAAACUAGUUUGUUAUGGGCCAGAAUUUACAGUUCAGGAGAUUGGUGAAGCAUUUGCUGAUCCAGAAGGUUUAACCUGGCAGGUUAUGAAUGCAGCAUGGGAUCAUGGGCUCUCUCUAAGUGUAGAGAGUGCUCUUCCAUGUCUUGAUGGCGAGAUGUACCCGCAGAUCCUUGAGAUAGCAAAGCCGAGAAAUGAUCCUGACCGUCACCAUGUCUCAUUCUUUGCAUACCGUCAGCAACCUCCAUUCCUUUUGCAGAGAGAUGUUUGCUUCUCAGAGCUUGAGACCUUCGUCAAGUGUAUGCAUGGGGAGGACACCCAAAACUUGAUAGAUUGAAUUCGCCUUGCCAGCUAUCUUGCAACUGGUGUUGGCCUUCGCGAGCUUGAACUCCUGUUGCCAAUUGCUUCCCAUGUGCCAUUUGUCCUCGUCUUUUGCUUCUGGUCAGUUCACCAGAUACCGCAAACUGUUGUAGCCAUGAUAAGACACGGAUUGGCUGUGAUCAAGGCAGGCAGUGUAGCAAGUUUUGCCAUGGAAUUGACUGGCUUGGACUCCGGGAAUGCUCGUGGCAUAUUUAAAUACUACUACAUUAUUAUUGUUAUUAUAAGAUGCAAAAUAUAUCUGGUUUAAUGGUAAACCAUCUGUUUCGAAUUCUCGACAAAGUUCAGAUUUUCUUGAGUUACUGAGCUCGAGUGAAACUUGGAACAUGGAAAUGGGUGAAAUAAGCAAGGAAAAAAUAUAUCAGAA